CUCUCUCUAAACACAGUCAAUGGCGACCAAUCCACCCCUCUUCCCAUCAUCAUACAUUUUCUCUAUAUCUCAACUUCCCAAAUCACAUAAUAUCUACUCCUCAAUAACAACAUCUCUUCAACAAUGAUCGAGAUCAAUUCCACUAUGAUCAAUCCAAUUCUCAUCUUAUCUCUAACCUUUCUCAUCCUCACAGUAGGAAUUUCCGCCAUUGAAGACGAUGUAAAAUGUCUCGAAGGCGUCAAGAAUUCCCUCAACGAUCCACAAGGAAAACUCACCUCUUGGACCUUCACCAACAUCUCCGUCGAAUACAUCUGUAAACAGCUUGUUGGCGUUUCUUGCUGGAACGAGAAGGAAAGUCGCAUCAUCAGCCUUCAACUCCCUUCUAUGGGUCUAACUGGUCAACUUCCGGAUUCACUUCAAUUCUGUAGUAGUCUCCAAAACCUAGAUCUCUCAGGAAACGAUCUCUCCGGUCCUAUUCCUUCACGUAUCUGUAAUUGGUUGCCUUAUCUCACAACCCUAGAUCUUUCUUCUAAUACCUUUUCCAGCUCGAUCCCACCGGAAAUCGCAAAUUGCAGAUUCGUUAAUAAUCUGAUCCUCGGUAAUAAUCGGUUGACAGGGAGGAUACCGUAUGGUCUCGGCCAGCUUGAUCGAAUAAGGAAGUUCUCAGUUGUGAACAAUAAACUAUCCGGUUCGAUUCCUUCCGAUAUAUCCAGUUUUCCAGCUGAUGACUUCGCUGGCAACAAUGAUCUCUGUGGGAAGCCGCUGAGUAGGAAGUGUGGAAAAUUAAGCUCCAAGAAUCUCGCGAUUAUUAUUGCUGCCGGUGUUCUGGGUGCGGUUGGUUCUCUUCUUCUAGCGUUAUUGCUCUGGCGAUGGUGCUUACUGCCAUCAUUGAAGAAGAAGAAAGACAGUAGCAAAUUGGAAAGUAGCUGGGUUAAGAAAUUGAAAGUGCACAAGCUUGAACAGGUAUCUUUAUUUCAGAAACCAUUAGUGAAAAUCAGAUUGAAUGAUUUAAUGGCAGCUACUAGUAAUUUCGAUUCCAAGAACAUAAUCAUGACCACGAAAACUGGAGUAACAUUCAAAGCAGUUUUACAUGAUGGAUCAGCAUUGGCGAUAAAGCGUUUAAGUUCUUGUAAACAUAGCGAAAAAAUGUUUGGACAGGAAAUGAAUAACCUUGGACAACUCAGGCACCCAAAUCUAGUUCCAUUGUUGGGUUUUUGCAUAGUGGAAGACGAGAGACUUUUAGUGUAUAAACAUAUGCCUAAUGCAUCAUUAUUCGAAGCCUUACAUGGAACAAGAACAGCAACAACUAAUGCAGGUCCAUUAGACUGGCAAAGUAGACUUCGAAUAGCUAUAGGUACAUCAAGAGGACUUGCUUGGCUUCACCAUGGAUGCAAACCUCCAUACAUUCACCAAUACAUAAGCUCAAGUGUGAUUCUGAUCGACGAUGAUUUCGAAAGCAGGAUAACUGAUUUCGGGUUAGCGAGACUAGUUGGUUCAGAUUAUUCUAACAGGCAAAACAUGGAUUUGGGUGAGUUUGGAUAUGUUGCGCCUGAAUAUGCAAGCACAAUGGUUUCGACGAAGAAAGGUGAUGUUUAUGCUUUUGGUGUUGUGCUUGUUGAAUUGGUGACUUGUCAAAAGUCUCUUGAAGUGGUUAAUGGUGGUGGUGAAGAUGGGUUUAAAGGGAGUCUUGUGGAUUGGAUCAAUCAGCUUAUUGUUUCUGAAAGGAUUAAAGAAGGUAUUGAUAAGUCUAUUGUUGGUAGAGGAAAUGAUGAUGAAAUCUUGCAAGUGAUUAAGAUUGGAAGAAGAUGUUUGGUUAAUGAACCUAAAGAUAGACCUUCUAUGGUUAGUGUUUAUCAGUCUUUAAAGACAAUUGGCAUUAAACAUGGAUUUUCUCAACAGUUUGAUGAUGAAUUUCCCAUUGGGGAAGAAGAUGAUCAAGAGUAGUAAUGUUAAUGAAUUGUAUUAACCCUAAAAAAACUUGUAAGUUAUAUAUAGGAUGUGACGACGAUUUCGAUAUGUUUAUGGUUUCCUUUUUCCUAUUGCUUAUUAUUAUUUUCCACUGAAUUUAGGAGGCAGAUGGAAUUAUGUUACAUAUUUUGAUCGAAUGUGAUGGUGGUAUGUACAGUUUUUUGUUUUGUUUUGUUUUGGUUA